ACUGGAGUAGUUUAACCAUAUUCCUGUUGAUUGAGAUUGAGGUUUUUGUCACAGACUCCAGCCAUUGGGAUUGACAACACAUUGGUUACUUUACAAUAAAUAAGUUAUUGCAUUUCGACAUUAAUAUAUUUUAAAAGGCAUUGCACGAGGCUUGUUAGGGUUAAGCAAACACUGUUGCCCAAUGUAAGCCCACUGGUGUUAAAUCCCUCAGGUUACCGAGAUUAGAUUUUUAACACUUUCAUUGCAGGCAGCUAAUAAACAAAAUGUGGCUGUACAGACAUUUAAUUACUACAUAUAGAGAUUGAAAUGCAGACAGAACUGUUAUAGUGGCAUUCUAUUACAUGUAGCAUGUCACGACAUAUACAGAGAAAGGACCUUAAUAAGACGUAUUGCAAAAUGCAAACGAAAUACAUAACGUUUAAGUGUUCAGUACAUCUUAUUUAACAUUGCCCAUCCCUGAAGGGCGGAGACUAAUCGGGGGGGGGGGGCGGGACGGGACUUAUCCAGCUGCUGCUCUUAGUAUUUGCUUCAGUGAAGAGUUCAGAAGAGCAACUAUGUAUACUAGCAGAAGCUAUUGAGUGAGCCCAUGCGAGGAAGUACAUUGUAGGAGCGAUCGAGACAAAAGACAAACUCCAAAACAAUCCUGUGGACAUCUCUAAACGGGAUCUUAGCGUGGGGUGCUGCACGGCAACGACAUGCAUCAAGAAAUUUAAAGACAUCGAUUUUCUUACAUUGGAAUUGUCCUUUUUACAAGCGAAUCUUUUAACUUUUUUAUCUUUUGGAUAUUUUAAUUUCCCCAUUCUUUGUGCGUUUUAUCGCUACCAUGAUGCUUUAAAGCGUACGUGCCGCUGGGAAUAUGUGUGAUCCGUUCAGAGAGCAAACGCCGGCCAUCGACUCGGCCUCCUUAUCGGAGACGCAGGGACGCGGAGAGAGCGCACCCGGCGGAGACUCGCGCUCCGAGCACUUUCCCUUCCCGCAGCCGAGCGAUGGGGACCCGUUAAGGGUUAGUCCUCUUGGUUACCAGUUGAGGUCACCGAUGUCCCGAACAUUCUCCAGGUCGUCUAGUGGCUAUUUUUCCGUCGACAGCGAUUCUGUGCCAAGUUCCCCUCUAAUGCCCAAUAUUUCCGAAGCGCAAGGCAGCCAAAAUGAUGAAGUAUGGUUUGCCGACAUUAGCCACCAGCACGGGCAGAUGGCAGCACCUGUAGCCAUGCGACACGAAGAGAUACUGGUCGCUCGGGAGCUGCGACGCAUCGGGGACGAUUUCAACCGCCUCUACUUUCAUGAGAUGGAAGUAACAGAUUGUUAUCCUGACGGUGAGGCGAGGUGGACGCCCAGGCCUGGCGUUUUUCACCCUCCCUUCAUUCUCUACAGGAAAGGUUUUUUCUCUCCUCUUUUUUCUGACUUCUAGAGUGUUUCCUUGCGAGUUCCUGCCAGUCUCCUGGGGGAAAUGCCCCCGCUGCUUAUCGCAGUCACUCAGCACGCCGGGUGAAUGCAGCCCAGAGCUGCGGGCCAAAAAGAGGCCACCUGGCUCAGGUCAACUCAUGCCAAGUCUCUGCGACUCAGAGCUCACCGGAUGACCAGGCAGCUGCCAGUUCCUGUAUUGUGUCUGUUGUAGUUCAGACUCGCUUAAAUAUACCGCAAGUCCCUCAAAGCAUCAAGGUCUCAGCGUGGUAUCUCAUGUGUCAACAUGGUGCAGCGUCACAGUAUAAGCCGAACGCCUUUGUUAGAUUAUGUGGGCGGCUCUUAACUGUAAAGAUUUGAGUUUGUCUGUCUAUCUAGGGACGACAAACAUGUCACCGAACAACUGAGAUUGGAUAGGGAACAUUUUUUUACAUUGCACUCAUGAUAUUUAAAACUUGAAUAUGACUCUUUGUUCUGAGGAACACAAAAGAAGAUAUUUUGAGAAAUGUCUUGGUGGUUUUGUGUUCAUACGAUGGAAGUUAACGUGUUUGGUUAACCAACAUUCUUCAAAAUACCUUCUUUUGUGUUCCUCAGAAGAAAGUCGUAUGACAUGAGUGAAAGUAAAUGAUGAAAGCAUGUUCAUUUCUGACAUCUCUGAUUCAAACACUGUUCCUCUCUCUCUCUCUCUCUUACAACAGGCCGGUGCGGGCAACAACAACGCUGCUCGGAACGAGCAUGCCAUCAUCGUCUGGAUGAACGAGUUCAUCGGACAGCUAAUGCAGAUUUUCCUGCGAAGAAGAUGAUUGACACAUUCAACACCCAGUAGACAUGUAGCAACAAACCAACCCCCCCCUCCCCUCCUGACUGUAUAUAUGUACAUAAUAAGGGAAAACAGCAGUGCUGCUCUUCCAAAACCUCUCCGGGUGUCCCACGGUUUGGACCUGUCGACCCUCCCUAGGUCAACUCACAGCGAGUUUCCUGCGUUCGUGUGGAAAGCUGAGCCAUUAGAUGCUGUGUUCGCAUGACUGACGUCGGCUCUUAUCGAUGAACCCUGAAGAGUGGAAAACGUGCCUUCAUUGUCUGUUCGCCCCGUCACGUCUUUCGUUUUUGUCUUUUAUCGUUUCCCAUCUGUGCGUUUCUUCGCUCGCUUGACUUUAUAUUUAUUUUCACUGUAUUUAAGUUGUAAGUUUUGUGUACUUUUUUUAUGAUCGUGGACCUUAGUCGGUCGAGCGGUGAAGUUAUUAGUUCUGCCUGUCCCAGUUUGCACUUGUGUAGCCUUUACACAUCAUAUGAAAUAAUACAAAUCAUCCCAUUACAGAGGUCAGACAUAACCAGUUGCAGUUGAUAGAUGAAAACAUGUGUUGGAAUUUAAACACAAACGAUUUGCGUCAAACUAGAAACAGAUCUGCACUGGAUUCGUGUAUUUUCUUGGUUUGAAGGCAACUGAAGGAACAUCCUUUCACACGACUCGACGAACAGGUGAACUGCGGUUGUGGCUUGAAACGAUCAACGACAGCAGGAAGUGAUGCAAAAUCUCGCCAUAAAAUUACAAUAAAUUACACUAGCUAACGCUUACACCUACCCCACCCCUUAACCUAACUUUACAAUAAUAAAAAAUAGUAAUUAACUGUUUAUCAGCGUGAGAUGAAUUAUGCGGGAUUGAAGUGCGCAUGCUCAGUAGAGGUAGCUCUUCUAGUAACAACCGUGAACUGCUUAACUCACCAGUAUCACCUCAGCGCAAUGAGCGCAACAUACAACGUGAGGCUUUGCUCUUGAAUAUAAAUGACAUGUAACAUCUGUCCAUUUUAUCUCCCUUACCACAAACAAGCGCAAAUCGUUUACCAGGCGCUGGAGUUUAGCUGUGUUCGACUAAAUGCGCUGCUGCUGAAACCGUUCGGUGUAUGAUCCCAAAGUCUCGCGAGAGUGUUUGAAUAGCUGCUCUUUUGUCUCGCGAUUCUUUGGUUUCAGUAUGCCCAGCGCUACGUGAGGUCCGUGGGCGGAGGCUUCCGCUGGGUCUUAAAGCCGGCAUAUACGUCACCGUCUUCAAAUAUUUGCGUGUUAAUGCAGCCAAGCGAAUUGAAAGUCGGAAAAUAGAAUUCAUAUUUUGCAUAAACAUUCCGAGUUUUAAAGUUUCUACCUUUGACAUGUCUCAAACUUUAUCAACCAUGUUUUUAUUAUAGUAAAUUUUUUUGGCAGAUUUGUCACCAUUUUAAUUAUUAUGACCAUUGUUUUACUACAGAUCCCAUGUUUAAAAGGUCACUGUACUAAAGCAAUGGUAAAUUAGUUGUAAUUAACUAUGGUUUUACCAUAAAUACUAUGGUUAAACCAUAUUUACUGUAGUAAAGCCAUGGCUACUUUUCAUAAGGGUAUGAUUCUGUGUGAGCUGUGUCAUAAUAAUAGCAAGACAUUUUAUCUGUUUUUAGAUACAUUAACUUUGUACAUCUGCUUUAAUUAUAUUGUAAAAUCACCCUUUAUUGUGACACUAUAUCUACAUGCACUUGAGGCCUGCUGAGGGCCAUGUUGAAACCUGCAUCUUGUCGUGUGAAAGGUCUUCAGAAAGGUCUUGAGGAACAACAACAACUUAAGAAUUCAAUGUGAAAACAUUAUUUUACACAGAGAACAAUUAAUCAAAUGAAAUGGGACAGGCAAAGGUAGUAAGUUCAUGUAAUCACUGUUGAAAUUUUGUUACUUUGGACAUUGUAAACGUUCCAGAUUAGAUCUUUUGGUUUGUUGAAAUGUUUUAUUUGGUUUGUUUCCUUAUUAGGGAUGAGAAAUAAGAUCAAAAGUGACAUUUUGGGCAUACGAUUCAUAAUUCCAUUGAUGUUCCAAUUGCAUGUUCUUUGGCCCAGGUUUGUUCCUCAAGAUUAAUUACACUUUAUAAUUUAGUUAUUGUUGUAGACAGUUUUUUUCCAGAAUAGCUCAGAAGGAAAUUCCAAAUGGUUUUAAGUGCCUUGCCCAAGGGCCCAAAGGAAAAUCAGGAUUUUAUAUUCAGAAACUCUGGUUUGGACUUUUUUAUGACGAUGAAUUCAACCCCCUUGCCCAUAUUCACUUGUGUAGGUGGUGUUAAGGACCAUUAGCACAUGUUAUAACCACUGUUUAACACCAGCCGUACCCAAAUCUCAAAAACUGACCUUGCAGAAGUUUCCUUCAACAGGUCUCAGGGUCCGUAGGAAAUAUACCUGUGGAGAUUUCUUGAACAAACCCGUCUUCCAAAUGUACUUCAGCUCAUAGCAUCUCAAUUUGUGACUUUUCCUGUUUAUAUUACCGUUAAACUCAGUAUUUCAUUUCUCAAUGCACAGUAUGUUGGUUAGAAAUGUCACGUUUAUUAUUAGCGAAUACUCAAGUAAGUAAAGACUGAUGUAUUGACCAUCUACCUUGAACGGUAUUGCUGAAUAUUAAGAAAAUCUAAAUUUAGAUAAAACGGUGUGUGUAAGGAUUCGUCAGUUUGACGAAAGGCCCUGUGUUAUAAUAGUGUGUGUUUUUAUAUGUAUAUCAGUUACAAUGUUUCAGUUUGCCAAAAUGAUGGUUGUUUUGGUUAGUUUUAGCGUUGCAAGUUUACCACUUGACACCACCAAAGACCUCAUGUUUCAAUACUGUUGGUAUCGUACAUGCAUUGAUCUCAUCUCCCAUGUGUCCGGACGCUUUCCAACAGCGUUCUCAUUCUGUAUCCCUGUGAUUCCCGAACAAACCUUUUUUUCUGAGGGAAACCAUGAAUUUCAGGCCAACCUGUGUAUCUCUCACUGGACCUUUGACUGAAUCUCUUCAGUUUAGUUGCACUGAACGUCCGCUUUACCCGACCUGACGCCACCCAGGACCCAGUACAUUUGUAGCAAAUUGACAAUUUUUGUUUGUUUGUUUGUUGUUUGUUUGUUUGUUUUACGUUCAAUGCAUCUUUUUGUAUUUUGCACUGAAAUAUUUCUGUGCUAAUUUGUGCAAUACUGCUGUAAAUAAAGACGC